AUGGAGACUUGGGCUGGCUUCUGCCCAGGAUUGCACUUAUCUCUGGGUAUCUGGGUGAUGAUCGCCGCUCUUGCGCUGCAAAAUGCCAAGGCGGAGAUAACUUGCGCAUCUUGCCCGUCGCCAGUUCAACUUCACCUGGAGAAAUUACAGCCGGGGAUGCGCACUGAUCCGACAGAGGAACCGGGCACCCUAAAAAACAUCCGAUUAGAGUUUAUGGAACUCGUGGAUAACGACCAAAAUAUUGGAGUGGACGACGACCAUGAGGCAGCCGUUUCUGUCGAGGAUAAUGCUGCGCUCCGGAGAGCGAAGAGAAGCGGUCCUGAGUUUGCCGAGUUCAGCCAGAGCAGGUGGAACGGCCGGACUGGCGUGGAUGCGGGCGCUCCGGAGGAUCGAGGCUCGUUGUUAGAGGGACAGAAGCAGGGCAGGUCCGACUUCAGAUGGAACAGGGACGAAGGGAGAGGAAAUACCCAUGAGCCUAAGCUCACCAGCAACACUUUCGCUCUGACGGGGGACUCUGCACAUAACCACGCGGUGGUCUACUGGUCAGGGCAAAACAGCAGCGUGAUCCUGAUUCUAACCAAGCUGUAUGACUUUCAUAUUGGCAGCGUUACUGAGAGCACUCUUUGGAGAUCUACUGACUACGGCUCCACAUAUGAGAGAAUGAAUGACAAAGUUGGAUCCAAGACUGUCCUGAGUUACCUCUAUGUCUGUCCAACUAACAAGAGAAAGAUUAUGGUGUUGACCGAUCCAGAGUUCGAGAGCAGCGUGCUCAUCAGCUCUGAUGAGGGAGCCAGUUACCAGAAGUACCGCCUCACUUUCUACGUCCUUAGCCUUUUAUUCCAUCCCACUGAAGAGGAUUGGGCCUUAGCCUACAGUCACGACCAGAAGCUAUACAGCUCAGUGGAUUUUGGAAGAAAAUGGCAGCUCAUCCACGAACAUGUCACACCGAAUAGAUUCUACUGGUCUGUCUCGGGCCUAGACAAGGAGCCAGAUCUGGUCCAUAUGGAGGCUCACACACCAGAUGGAAAUGUGCAGUAUGUCACAUGCAGAGUUCAGAUGUGCUCAGAAGCUAACAGGAACUACCCAUUCCCUGGAUACAUCGACAUCAGCUCUUUGGUGGUUCAAGAUGACUACAUAUUCAUACAGGUUCCUACAUCAGGUCGAGCCACCUAUUAUGUGUCCUACAAGAGAGAUUCUUUUAUACAAAUCAAACUACCCAAAUAUUCCCUGCCUAAGGAUUUACACAUAGUCAGCACUGAUGAGAAGCAAGUAUUUGCGGCGGUACAGGAGUGGAACCAGAACGACACCUAUAACCUCUACCUGUCUGACACCAAAGGGAUCUACUUCACUUUGGCCAUGGAAAAUGUUAAGACCACUAGGGGCAUCGGAGGGAACCAGAUGCUAGACCUGUACGAGGUGGCAGGAAUUAAAGGCAUGUUAAUCACUAACAAGAGGCAAGACAGCCAGGUGAAGACCUACAUCACCUACAACAAGGGCCGGGACUGGAGGCUCCUGCAGGCCCCUGCUACUGACCUGGAUGGAAAUGACAUCCACUGCAUACUGCCUUUCUGUUCACUUCAUCUCCAACUGCAAAUGUCAGAGAACCCUUACUUGUCAGGAGCGAUCUCCACCAAGAGCUCUGCACCAGGGAUCAUAGUUGCCACAGGAAAUAUUGGUGCAGAGCUGUCUUACAACAACGUUGGCAUGUUCAUAUCAUCUGAUGCUGGCAAUAGCUGGAGACAGAUUUUUGAAGAAGAGCACAAUGUGUGGUUUCUGGAUAAAGGAGGGGCCCUUGUCGCUGUGAAACAGCCAUCAGUGCCAACCAGACAUUUGUGGGUCAGCUUUGACGAGGGGAGGCAGUGGAUUCAACAUAGCUUCUCUUCUGUGCCACUGUUCGUGGAUGGAGUCUUGGUGGAGGCUGGGGCCGAGAACCAAAUCAUGACCUUUUUUGGACACUUAAGCCACCGUUCUGAGUGGCAGCUCAUCAAGAUAGACUACAAGUCCAUCUUCAGCAGGAAAUGCACAGAGGAGGACUAUCAAACCUGGCACCUACACAACCAGGGUGAGCCAUGCGUGAUGGGACAAAAACAGAUUUACAUGAAGCGCAGGCCUGGGAACUACUGCAUGCUGGGAAAAGACUACUCCAGAAUCCUAUCAGCUGAGUCCUGCAUUUGCCGAGCUCAUGAUUUUGAAUGUGAUUAUGGAUAUGAGCGGCGUGGGGACGGGAACUGCCGGCCUGCCUUCUGGUUCAAUCCCUCCACUGUAUCUAGAAGCUGCAGACAGGGCCAAAACUACCUCAACAGCACAGGGUAUCGUAAGGUGGUGUUGAACAACUGCACUAAAGGAGUGAAAGAAAUGUACACGGCAAGAAAACAGCAGUGCCCCAACAGACCUCCUAAAGGACUCUUACUGACCACCAAAGAUGGCAAACUCACUGCCAACCUAGGCAGCAACGUCACUUUUCUGGUGCAUCUGGAUGAGGGUGACUCUCUGCGGACCAACAUCCAGUUGGAUUUUGGCGACGGCACAGCUGUGUCCUAUUCCAAUUUGAGCUGGACCGAGGAGGGGAUCAAACACAUCUACAAGUCUGCUGGAAUAUUCCGUGUCACAGCACUGGCAGAGAACACCCUAGGUUAUGACACCACGACACUCUUCUUGCAUGUCACAUGUCCAGUGGAGCAUGUCCAGCUUCUUGCUCCCUUUGUGGUCAUUAGAAACAAGGAAGUGAAUAUCACAGCAGUGGUCUUACCCAGCCACUCACGCACUGUCACCUACUUCUGGUGGCUUGGCAACAAUACUGAGCCAGUGAUAUCAUUGGAUGGCAGUAUCUCAUAUACCUUCCCUAACGAAGGAAUGCACACCAUCACAGUCCAAAUGGCUGCAGCCAACACCAUACUGCAGGAUACCAAGACCAUAGCAGUCAAAGAAUUCUUCAAAUCUCUACUUUUAUCUUUCUCCCCUAAUCUGGACGAGUUCAACCCUGACAUACCCGAAUGGAGACAGGAUGUGGGCAGAGUAAUUAAGAAGGCUCUGCUCCAAGUGUCUGACUUCCCGGAGGAGCAGCUCUUGGUAGCCGUGUUCCCGGGAGUUCCAACAGCUGCUGAGCUCUUCCUCUUACCUCACAAGAACCAAUCAGAAGGCAAGAAAAAGAGUGAGGAGGAGCUACAGCAGGCAUCUGAUAUUAUUGUAAGUGCACUGAACCAAAAUUUGGUGGAGUUCGAGCUCAAACCUGGUGUAAGGGUGAUUGUGUACAACACACAGUUAACAUUGGCACCCUUGGUGGACUCCAACCCCAGACACAGCAGCUCAGCUAUGCUGAUGCUCCUAUCAGUAGUGUUCCUGGGCCUAGCAGUGUUCCUCAUCUACAAAUUCAAGAGAAAAAUACCUUGGAUCAACAUAUAUGCUGAGGUGAACCAGGAGAAGGAGCAGGAGAUGAUUGGCUCAGUAGGCCAGGGCGACAGCACGCCUAAAAUCACUCUGAGUGAGUUCUCUACAUCCAAGGAACUCAUGGAAAAGGAACUGGAUGCCAGGGUCAAAAGGGGAGUUGGAAACGCCUGUGAGAGCACAAGGGAGAUUCCAAAUUGUACUAGCGUGUAAAGCCUGUGAACGCAAUGGUUUAUGUACAGAGCAGAGUAUUACAGUGUCGGGGGUUCUCUUUUUCUGUUUUGUAAUUCUCAACACAACUGAUGUUAAU